CCCGCUCCUCCUCCUCCUCCUGCUGCUACUCGUCGUCGUCUUCUCCGAUCGCACCGUCGCCUCCCGCGACGCCGAUCUCGGAUCCGCUCGCGUCGUCUUCCAGACGGUCUAUGGUGACAUUGAGUUUGGGUUUUUCCCAGGUGUUGCCCCCAAAACAGUUGAGCAUAUUUUUAAACUUGUUCGGCUUGGCUGUUAUAACACAAACCACUUUUUCCGGGUUGAUAGGGGUUUUGUUGCACAAGUGGCUGAUGUUGUGGGAGGUAGAACGGCCCCUAUGAAUGAAGAGCAAAGGGUAGAAGCAGAGAAAACUGUCGUUGGUGAAUUUAGUAGUGUCAAGCAUGUGAGAGGCAUUCUUUCCAUGGGGAGGUAUUCUGAUCCGGAUAGUGCCUCCUCUUCAUUCUCUAUACUUCUUGGCAACGCACCUCACCUUGAUGGCGAGUAUGCUGUUUUCGGGAGGGUCACUAAAGGUGACGAUACAUUAAGAAAGUUGGAGGAGCUUCCUACUCGCCAAGAAGGAAUUUUUGUGAUGCCGCUCGAGCGUAUAACUAUUCUAUCAACAUACUAUUAUGACACCAAGGUAGAGACUUGCGAAAGAGAGAAGACCAUUCUAAAGAGAAGGCUUUAUGAAUCUGCCAUAGAAGUCGAAAGACAGAGGAUGAAAUGCCUCCCAUAAUUCCCCAGGUAUGUGUAUGUAUAUGUAGUUCAAUGACUCUCUCUUAUCAACCACACAUCCUAAGGAUUUGUAAGUAAAAAAUACGUUCAAGUGUAGAGAACUUUUUCUUGCUAACUGCCGGACGCAAAAAAUCCAAAAAAUUUCAGAGUUGUGGACGAAAGAGUCAGAUUGAAAAUGUUGUGUGUUUAGCUUAUCGAUCCAAAACUUUCAAUUCAUAAGCUCAUAAAUCUAGCAUGUAAUCGUCGUACUCGAGUUGCGUCAAUUUCUUGUGCUCUUUGUGAACUAGCUUGGAGCACUUCAUUUCACUGAGUUUAAUCGAAAAGUAACUCAUUCACUCUAUGUACAAAGAUCUAAAUAAAUCUUAGUGUACUUCGAUAUUUAUGUA